AUGGCGGCAGCUCAAACAAUUGUGCAUACCGGUUUGUCUGCAAGCAAGAGAAGGGAUUUAGAUAGUGUUGCAAUAACAGGAAACGCUCCGUACUUCACUACUCCCAACUGCCAAGAAGCUUCCACUUUGCCUUCUGCCCUGAAAAGAAACCUGAACAUGGAGGAAAUCAUCUCAUCCAAACAAAUCACCACCAGCACUGAGCCAACUAUGGAAAAGGACCUGAAAGAAAACGAUGAAGCCGCAAAGCCUCAAGCGACCAAGAAAGAACCUGUAGAGACAAGCGAAGCAUCUCCACCCUCCGCUGACCUGCCAGAGGAGGUGAUGUGUGAUUCAUGCAUCGAGACACCGUGCAAGGCAUCCAAGUCCUGUCUGACCUGCAUGGUGUCCUACUGUGAGGAUCACUUGAGACCCCAUCUGGAAAACACCAAGUUUCAGAGCCACAAGUUGGUGGAGCCACAGAUGGAUAUGGAGCAGCGCACCUGCCAGCACCACCAGCUGGAUAUGCAGCUGUACUGCAUGAGGGACAACUGCUGUGUCUGUCCAAGCUGUGAGACAGAAGAGCACAAGGGCCACACCGUCACUCCAGUAGGGGAGGCGCGCAAACAUAUUGAGAAUGAGCUACAACAGAAACAGAAGGAAAUGACGAAGACAUUGUCAGCAGCAGAACAGGCCAUUAACAAGCUCCAGAGCAACACUGCGGCUAUAGUAAGCUCUGUAGGUGGGGUUCAGGCUGUUAUUGAACAGGAGUUCUCUGCACUGCAAGUGGCCAUUGAAGGCGCCCGUAAGAAUGCUUUAGAUGUUCUGGAAGGGGAACACAAGCAGGCACUGAGUCAGGCGGAAGGCAUCAACAGCCACCUGGAGCAGAAGAUCGGUGAGCUGAAGAAGACCAUGACUCAGGUGGAAAGAUUUUCCAGGAAGAAGAAUGAUGUGGAUUUUUUACAGGAGUACACAGAGUGGAGAAAGGGCUCGGUGGAUGUGUGUUUGCCAGGCAUUUACAUCGGCCUCAUCGACCGACUAACCACAUUCAGCCGCAUUGUUAAAGAAUCAACACAGACCUUGUGUGAUAUGCUGCAAUCCACAUACAGCGUUCAGCUCAACGAACUCUGUAAAAGUGAGACGUUAGCCAUUAAGACGAUGGUACUGCCCAGUUCUUCAAACAAGCAGCAAUCAUUCAAGCCUAAGCCUGUAACUCGAGAUGAAUUUCAGAAAUAUGCCGCCAGUCUCAGUUUCAGUCCUGACUCCACACACCAGUUCCUAAGACUCACUGAAGACAACAGAAAAGCGACCAACACCACACCAUGGCAACACAAUUACCCUGAUGUGCCUGAGCGCUUUGAGCAAUGGCGCCAAGUGAUGACAUCCGAGAGCCUUUACCUCGGCCGGCAUUACUUUGAGGUGGACCUGAGUGGAGAGGGGGCUUAUAUGGGACUUACCUACAAAAGCAUUGAUCGCAAAGGCCAACAAAACAGCAGCUGCAUCACGGGCAAUGACUUUUCAUGGUGCUUUGGACGAGAAAGCCAUGGCUACUCAGCAUGGCACUCUGCUGCAGAAACCCCUCUGAAGGUGGAAGAAGGGUCAGACUUUCACAGGAUCGGGUGCUACAUUGAGUACGAAAAGGGUUUGUUAGCCUUCUAUGGUGUUGCUGACACUAUGACACUUCUUCAUAAGUAUACCUCCAGCUUUCGGGAGCCGCUGUACCCUGUGUUCUGGCUCUCCAAGAAGGACAAUUCUGUUGUUCUGGUUAAGCCAGGUGAAUAGUGAUAAUAAACUACCCCGAAUAAGUCAUUUUAAAACAUUAUAAAUGAUUUA